AUGGCGGACACAGCGACAGAACUUGUCGCACCUGCAGCCAGACAAGUAGUCUACUGUGGAGUUUGCAGUCUCCCUCCAGAGUAUUGCGAGUUUGGCGGAACGGCCAAGAAAUGUGAGGAAUGGCUUCAGAAAAACCACCCUGAUAUGCACCAGAGGCUAUACUCGGCCGAAACCCUGAGCGCCAAUAUGUCCGCCCUUUCGGUGGAUGCCCAGAAACGAGCAGAAAAGGACGCAGCCAAGAAGACCGCCAAAGCUGCGGCAGCGGAGCAACGUGAGGCAGAGAGAAAGGCCGAGGCUAUCGUGCUCAUAAAAAGAGUGGAACGCAACAAGCGGAAAUAUGUCACGGUUGUUUCGGGUCUCGAAGAACACGGGCUGGAUUUAAAGAAGGUGGCCAAGGAGCUGGGCAAGAAGUUUGCGACAGGGAGUAGUGUCACGAAGACACCGGCAGGGGGAGAAGAAAUUACAGUACAAGGAGAUGUCAGCGAUGAUCUCUAUGACUGGCUGCAGGAGAAGUAUCCUGAGAUUCCAGAGGACAACCUGGAUAUGAAGGAUGAAGUAAAGAAGAAAGGAUGA